AUAUCGUACGAGACCUUUGUUAUUACUAUUAAUACAAGUGAGUGCGAGAUGAGUAUUAAUUAUAAUCUCAUUUCCAUCUACCAAUUAGUCAUAUUUGUAAUAAUAUUUUUCUCUCCCAUUUCAAACAAUCGCUUUUUGUAGUAAACAACAAUUAGUUAAUUCUAAUCAAGUGUAAAAUUUUCUAAUAGAAUGUUGAUCUUAUCCAAUGGAAAUCGGUGUUACUCUAAACGUGAAUAUAAUGAUGUUAAUCAUGACAAAUGCCAACAACAAUCAACGAAAUUUUCACCAUUAAAGGUCAGUGAUGGGAAGAGACGAUCUUUGAAAUGGAUAAUGUUCAAAAUGACCCAAAGAAAAUCAUCGAAUCGUAAAAGUGGAACAAAGAGAUUCGAAAGGAUUUCGUCAGGAAAUUGUGAUCCAAUCAAAGUUUUGAAUUAUCCAUUAACGAGGAAAACUCUGAAUACAAACAACAUGAUCUCAUGGAAAUACAAUCUUUUACUAUCUCCAAUGAAUUACUAAAUGAAAUUCAUCAUCAAGCUGCUCAAGUUGUUGAUCAACUUUACGAUUCAGUUAAAAUUGAGCAAAUGAGUCAAGUGAUUUGUAAAUUUUACCAAAAACUUAAUGAAAACUUAACUGUAAAUUCAUUCAGUAACCUAACCGAUAAUGUAGUUAAUCAAUUGAUUAGAUACAUAGAGACACGAUUACUUGGUCCAAUGUAUAAUUCAAUUCAUGAUCAGAUUGUAAAUGAAAAUGAGCAACAAGAUUUAUCACUUGAAACUCAUAUAUCAAGUCUCAAUCGGAUUAAAUUGAUUGAUCUCCAAUUGAAAGUCGAUUUAGAUAAUCCGGAAAUCGGAGAUUUACUAGAAAAGUCAAUCUCUCACCUAAUCGAAAUGGGAUCGAAAAAAUCACCGUUACAAAAAUUGGAUUCAAUAGUUAACUGUUCCAAGACGAUAAUCAGAAUGCUACAAAUUGAUUCAACUAAUCAUAUAUCAGCUGAUGAACUACUUCCUGCUUUGAUUUAUGUGAUAAUCAAAGCUAAUCCAGCAACGAUUAAAUCGGAUAUAAAGUUUAUCGAGCAGUUUUCAUACUCGAACCAUUUAAUGUCCGGAGAGUCGGGAUAUUAUUUCACUAACCUUUGUUGUGCUCUGAUUUUCAUUGAAAAUCUUGAUGGUCAAUCACUCAAUUUACCUGGAAAAAAGUUUCUCCCAAACAAUUAACUAAUCUCAUCUUAUUAGAUCUCAAAAUAUCAAUAUCAUUAAUCAUCAUUAAAACUUUUCCAUUACAAUGAUAAUACAUUUAAAUGAGUAAUUGAUUAAUGAUGAGUUGAACAAUCAAACUGUCCUGAUUAAACUAAUAUCUAUUUGAA